AAAUUAUUUAUUUAUUUAAGAUGAAUAUAAUAAGAAAAGCAUCAAGUACAAUAUUGAGACCAUAAUUUAAUUAUUAAAAAGUGAUUUUAUUUCCUGGAGAUGGAAUAGGUCCUGAAAUCUCAAAAGCUGUAAUAGAUAUAUUUGAUGCUGCAAAAGUACCAAUAGAAUGGGAAUUUCAUGAGAUUCACAAAAAAAGAGUGACUGAUCAAGGGGAUUUGAUAACAGAGGAAACAUUGAAAUAAGUAAAAGCAUUGAAAUAUGCAUUGAAAGGUAUGAUAAAUUGAAUAUUUUGUAGGACCAUUUGAGACUCCAAUAGGAAAAGGAUAUAGAUCUAUAAAUGUAACAUUAAGAAAGAGAUUAUAAUUAUUUGCAAAUGUUAGACCAUGCAAAUCAAUAAAAGGAGUAAUGACACCAUAUCCAGGAGUGGAUGUAGUAACUAUUAGAGAAAACACAGAAGGUGAAUAUAGUGGUUUAGAACAUGAAGUUGUUCCUGGAGUAGUAGAAAAUCUUAAAAUAGUUUCAUAUAAUGCUUGUUAGAAUAUUGCUUAAUAUGCAUUUGAAUAUGCAAGAGCAAAUAGUAAUUUAAUUUAUAUUAAUUCUAGAUAGAAAAUAAGUUGUAGCAUGUCAUAAAGCAGGUGUUAUGAAAUAAGGAGAUGGAUUAUUUUUAAAAGUUUGUGAUGAUGUUGCAAAGAAUUAUCCAGAAAUUGAAUUUAGUGAAGAAUAAAUUGACACUAUGGCUUUUAAAUUAGCAAAUGAUCCAACUAAAAUAGAUGUUAUGGUCAUGCCUAAUUUAUAUGGUGAUAUUGUAUCAGAUCUUUGUGCUGGUUUAAUUGGAGGCUUAGGUUUAACAGCAUCGGGAAAUAUUGGAAAAGAUUGUGAAGUUUAUGAAGCUGUUCAUGGAACUGCACCAGAUAUUGCUGGUAAGAACCUUGCUAAUCCUACUGCAUUACUAUUAUCAGGAAUUAUGGUAUUUCUAUUAUAUUUAUAAAUUUAGAUGUUAAAAGCAAUGAGAUUAAAUGAUUAUGCAAACAGAAUUGAAAAUGCUACAUAUUCAGUGUUAGAAGAAGGCAAAUUUUUGACUGGAGAUCUUGGUGGCAAAAGCACAACCUCUGAUUACACCAAAGCUAUUAUUGAUAAAUUGUGAU